AUGCCAGCCUUCAGGAGGAUAGGAAAGAAGAAAUCAUCAGAGAGUCAUGAACGUGAUUCGAAAGCUGAAGAGUCAGAUCGUGUCCGAGACCGAUCUGUGCACCCUUUGACACAGGAUGAAAUUGAUGAGAAACCGUGGAAGUACAUCGGGUAUCGAGGGUACACCGAUUUCAUUGCCUCAGACAACGAUUUUUUAAUGGUAAGAAGGUUUGCGAGUGUGAGUGCAAGGAUUGUACUGUCGCUACAAGAUCAAGUCAUGGUCUUAGAGGAGCAAUUGAAUGAGCUAGAUUGGAGGUAUAGCAAACAGGAAGAGGAGGAUGUGAACAAUGGCACCUUUAGGGACGAUGAGGAAGAACGCGUCGAGUUGCUGGAGUCAUUACGGCUGAAAAUAUUGCAGUACAGUAAACUGAACCUCGCAGAUGAGUUCGUUCUUCAGCAAGCAGAAAUCAAGAAGCAUCCAACUGCAUCGCCACGAGACAUCAACAGCCUGCAGAACUGGCAUUUCAACCACCAAUACCGUGCUAUUGACGGCGCGGAACAAGCAUAUCUCUCACAUACCCGAGAUCUAUAUUCUGUUGUGCCAAAGGAAAAGACCCCACUACGUCGACUCCUCGAAAGAUCUGCGACUUUUCGAAUCCACUGGCUCUGGAAGGAAGAGAAGCCGCCCGAAUUGCCCCUCUUCGAGAGAGACAACCCAUUCGAGGUUUUAGCUGCUACUGCAGCAUAUUCAGCUGUUCUGAUGGUAUUCUUGCAGUUGAACACGCCAGCUGUGGGAUGA